GAUGAUGAUGAUGAUGAGCGUGUCACCGCCGCGGACUGGAGGCAGCAGAACUGGGAGAGGAAACGACCAGCAGGCGGCUACACCCUUAAACGACAAUUUUGGACACUUUCCUAAGCCCCCGGUGCGGACGUACCGUUAAAAAAAGUUUUUAAGGGUCUCGUGCAUCAGCCGGCGACGAUGAGCGACGCGAAUCAGCCCAAAGUUGAACUUUUUGUCAAGGCAGGGAGCGAUGGUCAGAGCAUCGGCAACUGUCCUUUCUCCCAGCGUCUCUUCAUGGUGCUGUGGCUGAAAGGAGUCACCUUUGAUGUUACCACAGUGGAUAUGAAAAGGAAGCCGGACAUCUUGAAGGACCUGGCUCCAGGAGCCCAGCCUCCCUUCCUGCUGUACGGCAACGAAGUGAAAACGGACACCAACAAGAUUGAGGAGUUCCUGGAGGAUAAUCUCAGCCCUCCAAAGUAUCCCCGUCUGGCUGCUCGCAACCCGGAGUCCAACACAGCAGGCAUGGAUGUUUUCUCCAAAUUCUCUGCCUAUGUAAAGAACUCCAACCCUCAGCUCAACGAAAAUCUAGAGAAAGGUCUGCUGAAGGCUCUGAAGAAGCUGGAUGACUACCUCGGCUGCCCACUUCCUGACGAGAUCGACGAGAAUAGCGCUGAUGAGCUCACUUCCUCGUCCCGCCCCUUCCUGGACGGCCAAGCGCUUACUCUGGCCGACUGCAACUUGCUGCCUAAGCUGCACAUCGUGAAGGUGGUGUGUUUAAAAUACCGAAGCUUCAGCAUUCCUCAGUCUCUGACACACCUCUGGAGGUACCUGAACGCAGCGUACGCCAGGGAGGAAUUUUCCUCCACCUGCCCCAUUGACGACGAGGUCCACAUCGCCUACUCCUUGGUAGCUAAAGCUCUCAAGUAGAAGCCCAACAGGAUACAUAAGUCACCAAUACACAUGCAUAAAAACACAGAUUUGCUCUCCUGCACACAGCGAGCAUUCACUCUGGAAGAAACACACUCGGCCUGUAAUUCAAAAGGCUUUCAUUGCAACUGUUUGGCCAUUUUUAAAAGUUAGGUUAGAAUAUUCACACGGGUCAAUAUAGCUGGUUUACUAUCAUCACGGUAUACACGGAGGCCCGUUUUAAAGAGGGCUGUUCAUGUUGGUAUUCUGUUUUUUUUGUUUACCACAUCGUUUUCCAGGAGAGCAAAGGAGUCAGGCGAGCUCAUGUGUAAACAACGCGUGCCCACACAAAAAAGAAUCAGCUGAGGCUUAAACUGCUCCUGGGCCUUCACCCAUGCAGGGAGAUAAUGAUUGAUGGAUCACAUUGCUUGCAGGCUCUCACACAAACACACACUUAAAUCUACAGCCUACAUCUUGUGUAGUGUACAUCAAGAAGUUCCCUUCUUGAUGUCUUUUAUAUUAUAUAUUUGUAUUUUCUUUUUUAGAGCGAGGGAUUAAACACACAAAGCUGCCUACAAAAUCAAACAUGCGAGCCUCACACGCACUGAUUCAACUUGUGUUGGUUUCAAGGAAGCUGUAAAAUAUCGCCAGCUCAACUGCCAAUUAACUGUAUUAUCUACUUUAUUAUUUAAUAUCUGCGGGAACAACAAGGCCUUUCAAUAACAGUCGUGUUUUGAUCAAAUAAUAUUUCUUGUUACUCAAAGUGCCCCUCAGUAAGGAAACGGAGUGCUUUCACUUCACUAGAGACCAGGUCUCGCUUUAGGGGGUCUCAGCUGAAAACGGUUACAGACAGGAAACCUCUUCAAUAGACUCAGGCUUCCCCUCUCUGCGCUCCCACAGCAGGCACGGAGGAUUAUUCAAGAUUACCAAACUUGUUUAUGAUCCGCUGUCGGGCCUUUUGCCAACAGUUUUUUUUAGUUCUGCCUGUCAUGUAAAUUCUAUAUGACAUAUAAAAGAGGGAGUUCAGAUUAUCAGUGUAUCAAACUUGCUGUGGAUGAAGAAGUUAAAAGCCGAAAGCACUUUUAUUACGUCCUCUGGUAACUUGUUGCAAAAUACUGUUUGGUUUUCUUUAGUGUUUGCAAGGAGGCAAAAAAAGGAAGGAAGAACAGGAAGUUCACGGUAAACAUGCAAGAUCUGGCAGCUUUCAGCAGUAAUGUCCUGAUAAUCCCCCAAAUACUAAAACCUAUGCAAAUCACUUUACCCUUCAUUCAGUGAAUAAAGAUAUAUUUUAUUGCACCACAAAACGGACACACACCCUCUAUCAUGUUAAAAUAUGUCACAGUUCAGAACCUUCAAUGGCAGCAUUGAGUUUUAUUUUUCACUUUUCCACACUGGUGGCGAGCUAGAACAUUUUCUGUGUUUUUUAAUUGUAAUUUUUGAUGAUUAGAUUAGCGACAGCAGUAGACCCAUCGUCGUCACAUCGUCGGAGGUCGUCACUUAACGGUCACGUGUUGCGCGUAGAGUUCGUCCGCUCUUGUUGAGCUUGAUAGUCUGAUGUAAAAAGUGACUUGAAAUGAACCCGCUGGGUGGAACUGGAACCAAUAGGAACACGCCUUGUCCGACUGAAGCUGCCUGUGCACAUGCCUUAAUUCAGCAUGGCCACUAUGCAAAUAAACAUUUCUGGAGACUUUUUGCGAUUAGGAUUUCGGUUAUACAGUAGUUUUGUGAUGAGGUCAUGGUGGCAUCAUCAAGUAUCAUAUCUCUCAGAUUAGGGUGAAGCUUUUUUCCUACAUUUUACAUUUAACCAAAGUGCAAUUUUGUCUUGAAAAGACAAUCUUGUACGUCCAGUGGGGGAACAGGUUCUUUUUAUACAUGAUUUUAGUUACAUUCUUCCUUGAGGUAUAAUACAAGUGUUGAUCAAAAAGAUGACACUGUAUAUUUUAUAUUGACUGAAUGGUUGUUGAUUUCAUCUAUUUUCUAAAUAUGAAACAUUUAAAGGGACUUUGAAUAAAGUCAGUGCUUAUGUAUUUUAGUGUUGUAGUAGUUCUUCACUUCUUACUGUUGGACGGAAUCACAGGAACCAUUUCACUUGAUAUAUUUGUCACCUUCAGAUUUCUUUUUCAACUUCACUGUUGAAAAAAACUUCCUUUUGUGUUUUUUCUUUAUAUAUCGACCGUGAUAUUUUAUUUUUGUUUCCUACCCCUAUAAAUUCCCCUUCAAAUAUUUUGUCAUUUUUUGUGUUUUCAUUUUUUUUUUUAAUUUGGAUACUCACACUAAAGAGUCCACAGAAUUAAAACGUACAGUCAUGUGUAACUAAAGCAGAUGAUUAGAAUAACCAAUCAAACUAAUAGUACAGUCAAACUACAUUUUGUGUUUAACGCCUUUACAAAUACACAUGUAUUAGUAUCCUAAUAAAGAAUAUCUCCAGAAUGAA